UUUUAGAGUUACGUUGUCUUCUUACCACAGGCGCUUUAAUGUUGUUUUUGUUGCAAACAAACGUUCAAUUGACUGAAAGAUUAUAAAGGGAGAUCAGUCUCAUUUGUUUACGUGACUGAAGGUUUCGGCAAUGGCAGCAUUAAUAAACAGAUCAUUUGUUCGAAUUUGUAUUUGCAACAAAUUUAAACAACGAAGACCCCAAUGCAGUUUUACAACACACUCUCCAAAUGUGAACGCUGCAGUACAAAAACAAAACUCCUCCAUUGGGCCUCUGGAUGGAAUCCGAGUUCUCGACUUGACAAGGGUACUGGCAGGACCGUACUGUACUAUGAUCCUGGCUGAUCUAGGUGCUGAUGUUAUCAAGGUAGAGAGACCUGGGGUCGGUGAUGACACCAGAUCCUGGGGGCCACCAUUUUGUGGAUCAGAGAGUGCUUACUUCCUCUCUGUCAACAGGAACAAAAAGAGUAUUGCUAUUGACCUUAAACAGAAGGAUGGUCAAGAAAUUGUCCAGAAGUUGGUGAGGCAGUGUGAUGUGCUGGUAGAGAAUUACAUUCCUGGGAAGCUGGACAAGAUGGGUCUAGGAUACAGCCAGUUGGCAGCCACCCAUCCAAGCCUCAUCUACUGUUCUAUUUCAGGAUAUGGUCAGACGGGGCCCUAUCAGCAGCGAGCAGGAUAUGACAUCAUAGCCGCAGGACUCGGAGGAUUACUUCACAUUACAGGGCCGAUGGAUGGAGAGCCCUGUAAAGUAGGCGUGGCUAUGACAGACCUAUCUACCGGACUGUAUGCUCAUGGGGCAAUCAUGGCUGCUAUUCUACAGAGACAGCGUACGGGCAAAGGUCAACACAUAGACUGUGACCUUGUGUCAACACAGGUGGCCUCCUUGGUAAAUCUGGGCUCCAACUAUUUAAAUGCAGGACAAGAGGCUCGGCGGUAUGGUACAGCACAUCAGAGUAUUGUCCCCUACCAGGCAUUCCAGACGAGGGACAGCUAUAUCAUGGUGGGAGGUUGUAACAACCAACAGUUCUCCUCCCUUUGUCAGAUGCUGGAACUUGAUCACCUGUCAGAUGAUGUUAAGUUUGUUAGUAAUGAAAGUCGUGUGAAUAAUAGAGAGGAGCUGCUAGCUAUGUUGUCAGACAAGUUCCUGAGCAAAACCACAGAAGAAUGGCUUGUUGUAUUUGAUGGAUCAGGUUUACCAUAUGGACCCAUCAACAAUAUGGAGAAUGUCUUUUCUGAUCCACAGGUUCUCCACAACCAGAUGGUCCAGACAAUGGAACACCCCACAGCUGGUCAGAUAAAACUUCCAGGUCCAGCCGUCCGGUACAGCCAGUACGAACGCCCUCAGGCCUCGGCUCCACCCACCCUGGGACAACACACAAAUGUUGUGUUACAGGGCAUGCUGGGAUUAGAUGAUGUGUCUCUGAAGAAACUCCGGAAAAAUUCUGUGAUAGAAUGAUGCAUCGGUUGUGAAGGACAUUUGUUGAUGUACUAUUUACAUAUCCAAGUAUUUUACAAACAGAAGCUGUGAACACAAAAAAAUCAUAAUAUAUCCUGGAUAAAUACUCUAGUCAAUAGCUAGGCAGCACUCAAUAACAGACAUUUAUCCAGGAGUCUGCAGCUUUAUAUUUGUCCUAAUCAGAUAGUUAUGCUAGGAUAAUAAGAUGUACUGUGAUAUGGUUGUAAUAACCAGGUGCUACUGUGAUAAUACUUCAAUGUGAUUUAAUUACCAAAUUUAUUCUAUUAAAUGCCUCUAGGUCUCAAUAUUUCGAUCCCAAAAACAGGACUAGUUGAUUGUAACAUUUUACUAUAGAGUGAAGAAAAGAGUGCUUCGUUCUGAAAUGUAUAAAGGGCUGGCAAUAUCCAGGUGUAUAACCUAGGUCCUGUGUGAGGCGGUAGUCAGUAUCCUAAAAUAGUAACUUUAACCCUGUAACUUACUGAAUAGCAUGGGCACAUAUCAAUUUUGUUCAAAUGUUACACGAAUGAAAUAAGAGCAAUCUUCAAACAAAGAUCCACAAGAUGCACAGUAAUGAUAAUUAGCCUGUAGUAACUGAUUAAAUGCUGUGAAGUUUCAUUAAAAUAAAUUUGAUCUGCAUUUAACUCAAUUUGAAGGUAUGAGAUAUGAGAUGUGUGUGCCAACAGAAUGGAAAAAUUGAUGAAUAUGGGCUUAUUGAGUGUCUUGUUACAGGUUGUGUGUUUAAUAAUAUAAAUGUGGUAUGUUUGUAAUUUAUUUAAUAAAAAAAAUAUGGAAUAUUACUAUUUCUUGUUUGUUAAAUGGAUAUUAUGAAAAUAUACAAAUAUUGAGCAUAUAUAUAUUUUAAAAUUUUAAAAUGGUAUCAGUCCAGAUUAAAGUUUAUUUUUUAAGGAGACAGGGUACCACUUCGUUAUUAGAGAGAAUGUCAAUUCAGUAAUGUUUUUUAUCCAGCAGUAAUCAGAAUUUACUAUGUAUCACUGCCCCCAGCUUUGGUUAAAACUAGAAAAGUUUUUCUCAAGGUACGAGCUGGACAGAAAAAGUACACUUUCAUGUUGAACAUUUCUUUACUGAGGUCUCUGUGCCAGGUGUUGAUUAUGGUCCCCGGUAAAGGUUUGGUGCAUGGAUAUUUGCAUAAAGAUAAAACUGGGAUGGUCAUAUUGUGUGAAUGUGUACAUUAAUGUUACAGAUUUAAUGAUCAGUAUAGUUCUUCAGACCUCAUUUCAAGUUAUAAGAAACAUUAUUUUAAGCUAGAUCUCAAAUUGUGGUAACCUAGAUUUCAAUAUCAGUAUUAAACAUGAUAAUUGUCAUUAUAGAAUCUUUUGUGUAAGGUAGACCAAAAUCUAAUCCAGGUUAUUGGUAUAAUUUAUUGAAAAGUAUUGAAAUUCAUUUCUGUCUCAAAUUUCCUUCUCUUUUAAUAAUAAUAAUAAUAAUACUGGAUGCAGGCAAUAUGCCUAUAUAUCCAGAUCUGGAACAUCGUCAGACACUAUGCUGAUGUCCCGGCAAUGAAUAAGUUCAUUAUUGUCUAUCUCAUGGUUAUAGAAACAAUCAGGUUGUCCCCAAUACUUAUCCAGACGGGAUUCAAAUGUUUGUGAAUCAAUAUGUAUUUGUUGACAAAUUAUGAAGUAUUAUUGAUUAUAUCACAAAGUUUUACUUGUUAUUACUGUGUAGAAAAGAAAUGGAAAAUAUUGUUUAGGUUUUUAAAAUACUAGAUAUUACUGUGUGUUUUAAAUUAGUGUUUACUCAGGAAAAUAAAAAAAU